AGCUGUCAAUGCGGCAGUUGGCAACGCGGUCGGUCUGUCAAAGCAAAAUCCGAUAAAAAAAAGUUGUCUCCACAUUAAAAGAUCACAGGAAUAUUUUCCAGCAUUUCGAAAAUAUGAUACGGGCACCGCUAGUCAAGGCGCUGGGCGCUCUGGGCUCGCCCACACAUCAGAUGGCCAGCCGGGCGGUGCGAACCAGCGCCAUGGUGGCCCAGACACCGGCGAAGGCGCCCGAGAAGAUCGAGGUCUUUGUGGAUGACAUUCCCGUGCAGGUGGUACCCGGCACCACUGUCCUCCAGGCUGCUGCCCAGAUCGGCGUGGAGAUACCCAGAUUCUGCUACCACGAACGUCUUGCCGUGGCCGGCAACUGCAGGAUGUGCCUCGUCGAGGUGGAGAAGAGUCCCAAGCCAGUGGCCGCCUGCGCUAUGCCCGUGAUGAAGGGCUGGCGCAUCAAGACCAACUCGGAUCUGACCCGCAAGGCGCGCGAGGGCGUCAUGGAGUUCCUGCUGAUGAACCAUCCGCUGGAUUGCCCCAUCUGCGAUCAGGGCGGCGAGUGCGAUCUGCAGGAUCAGGCCAUGGCCUUCGGUUCCGAUCGAUCCCGCUUCACGGACAUUAACUACACGGGCAAGCGCGCUGUCGAGGACAAGGACAUCGGACCGCUAGUCAAGACCAUCAUGACGCGCUGCAUCCACUGCACCCGCUGUGUGCGUUUCGCCUCCGAGAUCGCUGGCGUUGAUGACCUGGGCACCACUGGCCGUGGCAACGACAUGCAGAUCGGCACCUACGUGGAGAAGCUCUUCCUUACCGAACUGUCGGGCAAUGUGAUCGACCUGUGCCCCGUGGGAGCGCUGACCAACAAGCCCUACAGUUUUGUGGCCCGUCCCUGGGAGAUCCGUAAGGUGAGCAGCAUCGAUGUGCUGGACGCCGUCGGCAGCAACAUUGUGGUCAGCACCCGCACCAACGAGGUGCUGCGCAUCCUGCCCCGUGAGAACGAGGACGUCAACGAGGAAUGGCUUGCCGACAAAUCGCGCUUCGCCUGCGACGGUCUGAAGCGCCAGCGCCUGGUGGCUCCCAUGGUGCGCAUGCCCAACGGCGAACUGCAGGCCGUGGAGUGGGAGGGCGCCCUCAUCGCCGUGGCCAAGGCCGUCAAGGCAGCCGGUGGACAGAUUGCCGGUAUUUCCGGCCAACUUGCCGACCUGGAGGCUCAGGUGGCCCUGAAGGAUCUGCUGAACCGACUGGGCAGCGAAGUGGUCGCCACUGAACAAGGAUUUAUUGCCGGAGGCACCGACAACCGUGCUAAUUACCUCUUGAACAGCACCAUCGCCGGUUUGGAGGAGGCCGACGCCGUUCUCCUGGUGGGCACCAAUCCCCGUUACGAGGCUCCUUUGGUCAACACCCGCUUGCGCAAGGCCUAUGUCCACAACGAACUGCAGAUUGCCUCGAUUGGACCCAAGAUCGAUCUGUCCUACGACCACGAGAACCUCGGCGCCGAUGCCGCUUUGGUCAAGGACGUGUGCUCCGGAGCUCAUGCCUUCUCCAAGGUUCUGGAGGGUGCCAAGAAGCCGGCCAUCAUUAUUGGAGCCGAUCUGUUGGAGCGUGCCGAUGGUGCCGCCAUUCACGCCACCGUUGCCGAGUACUGCAAGAAGCUGAAGAAGCCGAACUGGAACCCCUUCAAUGUGCUGCAGACCAACGCCGCCCAGGUGGGCGCCCUCGAUGUGGGCUACAAGGCCGGCGCGCAGACCGCUGUGAAGGCUCAGCCCAAGGUGCUGUUCCUGUUGAACGCCGACGCUGGCAAGGUGACUCGCGAGCAGCUGCCCAAGGACUGCUUCGUGGUGUACAUUGGAUCGCACGGUGACAACGGCGCCUCCAUCGCCGAUGCCGUGCUGCCUGGUGCCGCCUACACAGAGAAGCAGGGCAUCUACGUGAACACGGAGGGCAGGCCACAGCAGACGCUGCCUGGAGUUUCGCCACCUGGCAUGGCUCGCGAGGACUGGAAGAUCCUGCGCGCUCUGUCCGAGGUGGUGGGCAAGCCGCUGCCGUACGACAACCUGGACGAGCUGCGCAACCGUCUGGAGGAUGUGGCGCCACAUCUAACGCGCCUGGGCCACUUGGAGCCAGCCGGCGAUGCCGGAGCAGCGGGCGCUAUCAGCAAAUCCAUCGGCGGUGGAGCCAUCGAUAUUAAGCUAAAGGAGCUGCGCGACUACUUCAUGACCGACGCCAUUUCGCGCGCCUCGCCCACCAUGGCCAAGUGCAUAUCGGCGGUCAACAAGCAGCAGCGGGAGAACGAGGCCAAGCAGAGUGUGGCUAUCUAGGCGCCCACCCUCGCGUCUGAUCUAAACUAAUAACUAAUUAAUGUUUUUUUUUAAACUCUGCCCUUCGACCUUUCGCGCCGCACUCGCCCCCACUAACCAACGGACACAAAGACACCAGGACGAGCCGCGGGAUGAGCCAGCGCAGGAGCGGGAUGAGGAGCACGAUCGGCGGCUGCAGAGGCGCCAGCGCUGCGUCAGUUGUAAAUGAAAAAGUCUUACGUUGUUUAAAACAAAGGUGUUAUUCAAUACGA